GCUCCUUGGAGAUAGAGGAAUGCAAAUCUGCAACCAUGAUGGAAGGAUUGAAAAAACGUACCAGGAAGGCCUUUGGGAUACGGAAGAAAGAGAAGGACAAUGACUCCACGGGGUCCCCAGACAGAGACGGGGGUUCUCAGAAGAAGACCAAUGGGGCCCCUAAUGGCUUCUAUGAAGAUAUCGACUGGGACAGAUAUAAUUCCCCUGAGGUGGAUGAUGAGGGCUACAGCAUCAGACCUGAGGAGGAGUCAGAGGAGGGAGCGCCUAUCACCAAAAAGCCCCACUUCUUUUCCUCUGAUGAGUCGGAAGAAGAGGAGGACCACAGGAAAAAAUUCAAAAUCAAGAUCAAACCGCUGCCGGCCAAUCGUGUAGUGUCGGUGCCCUCGGUCGACGAGCUCAAAGCCUCCAUAGGCAACAUAGCCCUGUCCCCGUCUCCUAUGAGGAGUCCGAGACGUAGUCCGGGUUUGAAAAGGAACACAUCCAGUGAGGAGAUUGCCAGACCGAGACGCAUCGUCCCUACUGUACCCACUGUGGCCCCCACACCAGCUCCAGCACCACAGCCCCCCAGCAGUCAACAAAUACCUGUCUCUGAAGACACCACAGCCUUAUUUGGGCCUCCUCUGGAAACCCCCUUUGGAGAUCCAAAAACUGAAGUGGUUCUGUCUGAGUCCGAUGCGUGGGCAGUUCCUCUGUCAGAGCCUGAAUCUUCUUUGACAAGAUCCUUCCCUGCAGGAACUCCACCUCCACUCCCACCCAAGAAUGUUCCGACCUCGCCCCCGUCGACUGGCCCUCCCUCUACAGAAGACGCUGAAGUGUCAACAGAAGUAGACGGCUCCACCAGAAAGCCCUCAAUAGCUGACUUGGACAACAUUUUUGGACCAGAACAGGCUCCCCCUGCUGGCGAGGAUACAGGUGAAACGUGGGUCUGCUUCAGUGAAGAAUCUGCUGCCCGGCCGCCUCUACCAGAGGAAUCUGCACCUCCACUACCAGCCUCCCCGCCUCCACCUGAAUCUCCUGCCCCGCCCUUACCUACAUCACCACCUCCUCCAGAAGACCCUGCACCACCUCUCCCUACCUCCCCUCCCCCAAAAGAAGAACCUGUGCCCCCUCUACCAACCUCCCCACCUCCCUCAGAGGAGCCUGCUGCACCUCCUGUCCACUCAGGUCCUCCUACACCUGAGGACCGAAAUCCUCUCACACUCGCCACAUCUCCACCGCCUGCACCACCAAAGGAGCUUGCGUCUCCUCCCGCUUCCUCUCCCCCUCCUCUUGACUCCCCAGCCAGCAUCCCACCAGCCCCUGCUCCCAAAGCAAGGACCCCUCCAGCGGUGACUCCUCCUGCUGAGGAACCUGCAGCAAGCCCCGUCCCACCACCUCUUGUCCUGUCUCAAGAGGAGCAGUCCAAGAACACAGACGCCCCCCAACCCAAAGAGGACGGAGGUGAAACAGUCACCUCGCCCAACGAUGCUAGCCAGGGGAGCCGGAGUACACCUCCCCCACCUCCUCCCCCCACAUACCGGGCUGUGGUGUCGUCACCGGGUCCCACAUCUGGAGCUGGUGGCACGAAUAGCGGUUCCUCCUCUCCGGUGCGACCUGCCACUCCUUCUUCAGUCAGCCCCACCCCACCACCACCUCCACCUCGCCCCCCUUCACGGCCCAAACUUCCUCCAGGGAAACCCACUGUUGGAGAUGUGAAUCGUCCGUUCAGUCCUCCGGUCCACUCUGCCAGCCCCCCUCCCAUCGCCCCAUUGGCACGGGCCGAAAGCACCUCCUCCAUCUCCUCAACAAACUCCAUGAGUGCCGCCACCACCCCCACCGUCGGUAAAGAGCUCUCCGUGUCCGUGUCAGAAGACGAUGCUUAUGUAGACAAACUACCCACCUUUGAGAGACACUUUGAUUCAUUCGCAGAGAAUGACCAGCCAUCCCUUGUAUGGUUUGACAGAGGGAAGUUUUAUUUAACCUUUGAAGGCUGCUCCAGAGGGCCCAGUCCUCUCACCAUGGGGGCUCAGGAUACCCUUCCUGUGGCGGCUGCAUUCACAGAGACGGUCAACGCCUUCUUUAAAGGAGCUGAUCCCAGCAAGUGUGUUGUGAAGAUCAUAGGUGAGAUGGUUUUGUCGUUUCCAGCAGGAAUCACGCGGCACUUUGCCAAUAACCCGUCCCCCGCCGUGCUAACCUUCAGCAUAACCAACUACAGCCGACUGGAGCAUGUGCUGCCUAACCCCCUGCUCCUCUGCUGCGACACCACCACACAACCCAAGGCCGAUGCCAAGGACUUCUGGGUGAACAUGCCAAACCUGAUAUCACAUUUAAAGAAGGUGGCAGAGCAGAAGCCACAGGCAACAUACUACAACGUGGACAUGCUCAAGUAUCAAGUGUCGGCGGAGGGCCUUCAAUCGAUUCCUCUGAAUCUAGCGGUGAGCUGGAGGUGUGAGCCCACGAGCACUGACCUGCGGAUAGACUACAAGUACAACGGGGAGGCCAUGACGACGCCGAUGGCCCUCAACAAUGUCCAGUUUCUCGUCCCUGUCGAUGGAGGGGUUUCGAAACUACAGGCAGUCUUACCUCCUGCUGCAUGGAAUGCAGAGCAGCAAAGAAUCCUUUGGAAGAUUCCCGAUAUCUCACAGAAAUCUGAAAACGGAGGUGUGGGGUCAUUGUUAGCACGCUUUCAGCUAACAGAAGGCCCCAGUAAACCGGCUCCACUGGCGGUGCAGUUCACCAGUGAGGGGAGCACUUUGUCAGGCUGUGACAUUGAACUGGCUGGGCCAGGAUACCGCUUCUCUCUCAUCAAGAAGAGGUUUGCCGCAGGAAAAUACCUGGCCGACAACUAACCCAUGCUACUGAGAGCAGCAGUGUUGAACAAAACAAUCGCAGUGAACUGAGGUUGACACCGAGGACAGAGGACAAACCAACAGGCAGACUUUCCAUUAACCUUUUCUGAACCCACACGACAGGUCCGCAGCCUACCCAGCAGUAUUGUAUAACUUGCAUAUAGCAUCGUGGAGCUGUUUUAGGUCAUGUAAUUAUCGUAUUUGUAUUCAUUUCAUAACAUCCGUAUUGCUGCAGUUAGACACCUGGGUUCUUCCUCCCUCUGAAGUCUGUACCUCUGUCUCCAUCUUCCUUGGGUCGAUGUGUGUUUUUGUUUUUAAAAGUUUCACUGCAGCUGCCUGACCGAAGACAUGGACAGAAAGCGUUUUGGACGGAUUUGAACUCUGGAUGACUAUUUGUUGUCUAGAGAUUUGGCAGUAAAAAAAACAACCCUUGAAUACGAUCUUAGUGGUCAGACACACACCUCAACCUCUGACAGGUCCAAAGUUAGACUAGUUAAAGUUGAAGCAUGGCCCAGGACAAUUCAUAACAAGUUAUAAAUCAUUAGCAGAUUUAAAAAAUAAAUAAAUCAGCUCUGUAAAUAAUCCUUCCAUCGGAGUCUAAUCUCAAAGCCAGAGACAGCUGUCCUCACUGUCUCGCUCUGAUGGCGGCCAUUUGCCAGCAAGUAAAAGCAUUUAAUGAAGCGUUUCGACUCAUGCUGUCGCAAAGAGUUAAAUGAAAGAUGUUUCUUGUUGCUUGUUUGCGAUCGAAUGCAACACAGGAUCGAGUAACUACAAAAAUACUAGGUUUUCAUGCAUCACCUACUGGUACUACAGGGUCACAUGACUUUGGAUCACAUCCUUUUUAAUAUAAAUGCACUGAUCAGUCAAUCAAUCUGUUAUUUUAUUUCUCUGGAAUAUAGAGACAUGGAGAGAGUUUUUAGCCAGUUAGGCAGCUGCAAUGAUAAAUCAAUGUACUGGUUGCAAAAUAAGAAAAUAUGUUUUCCCGUCAGAACAAAAGAAGUGUACAGUGUCAUUUUAAAUCAAUAAUAUAUAUCUUAAAGGGCGUUUGGUGUUUUCCUCGUAUUGUCAGAUAGCCUUUCUGUUGUUCCCAGGACAGCAGUGAUAGACUCCAGAGUACAUGACAGCAUUCUAUUUUUAUUUAUUGAUGACGAUGAUUUGUUGUAUAAAACGUGAUUGUGUAUACGAAUAGAAUUUGAAUGGUAUCACACAACUCAGAACCCUUAAAGGUAUAAAUAUUUGAACUCUUUUUUUUGUUAUCUGUGUAGUUGGGUAACCUGUGUACAGUAUAAGGUAUAAUUUUUGAAUUUAUUUCAGAUAUAAUUUUUUAACUCAAGUGCAACAGAAGAUUUGAGCUAUAUAUGGGUGGGUGGGGUAAUUUAAAGAAAAAGAUAAAUAUCUUCCUGGAUGCUGUGUUAUGCUUUGUGAAAGCAGUGUUAAUGUAGAGUUAGCUGUACCAUGGGCAAGGUCCACACUUUAAAGAGCUAGUUUGACAUUUUGGGAAACGGGCCUAUUCGUUUUCUUUUUUCGAGUUGUUAAAGGAGAUGAUCAAUAUCGCUUUUAUCUGUCUGUUCUGUUCAACAUGAGGUUGGAGCCAGGAGACGUUAGCUUAGCAUAAAGACUGGAAACAGCUAGUGCUCUGUCUGAGGGUAAGAAAUCUGCUUACGGGCAUUUCUAGGGUUCCCUAAUUAACACAUUACAUCUUGUAAAGUGUAAAAAUGUCAAGUUGUUGUUUUUACGGGGGGUUGACAAGAUAAAACAUGUUAAUUUUUUGAGCUGUUGUGGUGGGGUAGACAGAUUUUUAACCAUGCUAGCAGCUUAGAUGGCAGUGUUGUCAGUUUGGUUGAGACUGAAAUGUCUCAACUGUUGGAUGGAUUGCCAUAAACUUUGGUACACACAUUCAUGUCCCCCUUGUCCAGUAUUCUGGCUUAUGACUUCCUGCAAAAUGAAUGUCUUUUCCACUGUGAAAAGGUUAGCAUUUAGCUAAGUAUUGCCUCACAGAGCUGCUAGCUGACCGUAAACCCUUGUUUAGCUUUGGACCGAGCCAGGCUAACCGUUUCCCCCUGUGUCCAGUCUUUAUGCUAAGCUAACCGCCUCAUGGCUCCAGCUCAACAGCCUGACAUAAAGUGGCACCAAUCUUCUCUUUUAAUUCUCAGCAAGAAAAUGAGUCAGCAUGUUUCCCAAAUAGUUUAACUUGUCCUUUUAAUAAAGUCAAGACGAUGACAACAAAAGCAAUCAGGUUUCCUCAACAGCAGUGAUGAAGUUUAGUGACCGUGGUACCACUACUGGAGUAGGAUUUGUUUACUGGGACCAUCUUUUUUGUGUGUUUGUUUGUUUGUUUUUUUAAUUCAAACCUCAUAAAACAGAAAGAAAACACUCUUGUACUAAUCCAGCAUUCUCAGUUCCCACAUCUACUGAUUGAGUUAUUCCUCAACUUUGACCGCGUCUGACCUGUUUUCUUACCCAUUUCCAUUCACCUCAGUGGUACUUUAACUCCCUGACUGUAUCAUGAGCACACCCCGAUCAUCAAACCAGCGCUUGAAUCCAUGGCUUUAUUUCGCAUAAUUGUAAUGGUCUCUGUGAGAUGACAUGAGCUGAAUGAGGUUGUGGAGCAAGGUUAAGUUGACCAAAAUGCUUUUCUUUUCUUUUCUUUUUUUUUUUUUUUUGUAUCUUAUGUGUGUGUACCCCGGACAGUCAGUCCUCUGUUAAGGAGAAUAAGCUGAAUAUUUUUAAAACGGAUAAAAGUGAAAAAAUAUUAUAUUGUUUAAUGUGUAAAAAACACUGUGCUGAUGAUGUUGAACUUCCUGAAUGCUCUGACACUCAACAUGAAGAACAAAAAGUGUGUGUGAAGUGUAGCUGAAGAUCUCUGUACUGUACUAUAUGUCGGCAUUCUGCUAAAUGCAACCAAUCAUGGUCCUUUCAGAGCUGUCGUAGAAGCAUUUUAGGCUGAAUUUAGGACUUUAAGACUUAUUAGCAACAUGUCGAUAUUCCUAUUUAAUGAUAGUGAGUACUUUUGAUCGGACAUACUUUUUAACGUAUGCGGUUAUUUGGCUAAUAAAAAGACCAGACAUGAGCUGUGCAGUUCAAAUAUAAAUCUUGUUUUUAACCAGAUUUACCAGAUUAUUCCUGUGCAGACUCGGUCUAAAAGAGCAUUGUGGAUUACUCUGAGGUUGCAUUUCAUUUGUUAAUGCAAGGUGAUGAUGAUUGGUGCCAUUUAGCUCCCGCAUUAGGUUGGUAACAUUUUCCUUUCAGUCAGAUCAGUCCUGCCAUGAUCCUAUGGUCAACUGGAUGGAUUGACAUGGCUGAUGGGAAGCUGUAACCUGCUGAGUGAACCCUGAAACUAUCAGUGCAACAGUCACUACAGCAUUAUCUACAGAGGCCCACCAAACACAUCCCCCAUCAUGCAUCUGUUUUAAAUUACCAGUACACUACAGAUUACAUGUCUUUCAGCUCGAAAGUCAUGCUGCCGUACAAAACUGACUCUCAGUCUGUUAGUGCCAGUUUAUUCUUUGUAUCUCGUUAAAAACUUUAAAAACAACUUGUAUUUUACAGAUCUUCAUCUCUGUGGUGAAUUCGCCUGCAGUAAUUCAUUAUUGCAUGCAGAGCAUGUAGUAAAAGGUGGGGCAUCUAUGAUGAUAGUACUGAAAUGACGUGUUGUGCUGAGUGUCAGUUACCUGUAUUAAUGUUGAGAAGAGAGCAGGGAGUGUGUUUAUGUGUGCUAUACGCCAGAAUGCUUUUUGGUUCUGUACCGUUAACCUCAAACACAUGUGCAAGCUGUUUGUACAGUACAUAACAAUGCUAAGAUGAACUGAGAAACUUAGUUUGCUUCUUUCCAAAACCAAUAAAAGUUAUAACUGGA